AUGUAUCUUAAUGCAGAAAUAACGUUGGAAGUAUCCGCUGCUCUAUUUGGUAUUCCUAUAAGAUUUGAUCCUGCAUUGACACGCUUUGCUGUUGAUGAUACAAUUGAGACAUUGGCUUAUAAUAUGUUUAUUGAAACAUGGAUAAAUGACACGUCUUAUGAGAGAUAUUUUGAUGCUUGUGUACCAAAAGAAUGUAUAUAUGCAUAUCAUUAUCAAUUUGAUGCUCUAGAAAUUUUAACAACUUUUUUAAAUAUGGAUCCAAUAUUUGGUAUUGACGUUGAAACAAUCUUUUCACCUUAUGGAGCAAAAUAUACAAAUGAAAUUGAAUCAUUAACACGAACAAUCGAGAUUUAUUUAGUCGAAGGUUUUAUUCGUAAUAAUAAAAACAAAGAAAUUCUUAUUUCAAGUCUCAAACAACGAGUUAAUAUUAAUUGUAUUAUUGAAAGAUAUCAGAGUGUUAUAGCUGAUAUUGAAGUUCUACAACAAUUUGAUCUCGAUAUUUAUAUGGAUAAAGAUCUUUUUCUAGCAUCGAUGGAGGCUGGAUUAGAUGGUCAUGAUUUCAAAUCAAUAAUUCGAAAUUUGAAAGCAUUUAAUUUCAAAAAAUUAUUCGAAUGGUAA